GGGGUGGUCAGUCCGGCGUCUGCGGAGGCCCGGGAGGCUGGACACGCCGGGCGCCCCGGCAGCCUAUUCCCGACGGGCAGGCCCCUGACCCGCGCUGGCCGGACGGAACCGCCGGCCCCGCCCCGGGCGCCCAGGCCGCGUCCACCGAGAGCCCCGGGGAGGUGCCUGCGCCCGCGGGUAUUGGCCACAUGGACCGUCCCAGACCCCGCGUGGCCCCGGGAGCGCGUCGCGGUCGCCCUCGUCCCCCCGGGUAGGGGUCGGAAGCUGCCCCCGGGCCUGCCGCGCGCCGCCGGCUGGGACGCGACCCCCGCCGCGCCCGCCGCGCCCGCCGCCGCAGAGCCCCCGGAAGCGCCCUCGGGGCCCUGGUCACAGCGUCUGAGGCCGCAGAAUACCGCGAGAUGUGGACGCCGCUCCCCGCCCACAGGGAGAUAUCGCGAGAUGUCCGGGAGCGGGCGGGUUUCGCGACAAGCGGAAAUCCCGCGAGAGGAGACGCCGGAGGCGUUCCCGGUGCGAUCCGACGGGGGCGGGGACCGCGAGACGGCGGUGGUGAGGGUGGGCUUUUCCGGGGACGAUGCCCUCCGCCUUCUCGGUCAGCUCUUUCCCCGUCAGCAUUCCGGCCGUGAUCACGGUUGCCAGAAAGCUUGGAGAAGAUGCCGUCGGGGAAUUGGGACGCCUCCGACCUCCCAAGCCCGAAGUCAGACAGACUGGACCGAGCCGUGGCUGCUGGGACUGGCCGUCUUCCACGUGCUGUGCCUGCUGCUCACGUGUCUGUCCUCCCAGAGGCACGGACUGCAGGUCGGACACUUCCUGUGCCUGGUGAUUUUGGUCUAUGGUGCUGAGUAUAUCAACGAAGUCGCGGCCAUGAACUGGAGGUUAUUUUCGAAAUACCAGUAUUUCGACUCACGGGGGAUGUUCAUUUCCAUAGUGUUUUCGGCGCCACUGCUGCUCAACGCCAUGAUCAUCGUGGUGAUGUGGGUCCGGAAGACGCUGGAUGUGAUGACUGACCUGAAGGCCCUGCAGGAGACGACAAGACAAAGGAAAAGGAGAGACUGACGCGGGUGGUCGUGUCGGUUUCUUGGGGGCACCGGGCUCCUCCGCGUCCUCGUCCCGCGCCUCCCUGUCGGCGGUCCGCACGUCUGCACGGAGGGUCCGCGCCGCAGAGCACACCUCGCGUUGCCCUUUAAAUAAACGCUGCCGACACUGCC